AUGAAGGAGGUGGGCGAGGAGAGGUGCCUGGACCCGCAGCUGUGGCACGCCUGCGCGGGCGGCAUGGUGCAGAUGCCGCCGGCGCGCUCGCGCGUCUACUACUUCCCCCAGGGGCACGCCGAGCACGCCAACGGCGGCGGCGCAAGCGCGGCCGCCGAGCUCGCGGCGGCGGUCGGGCCGCGUCCGCUUCCCGCGCUCGUGCUCUGCUGCGUGGCAGGGGUGCGCUUCCUGGCUGAUCCGGAGACGGACGAGGUGUUCGCCAAGAUCCGGCUCGUGCCCGUCGGCCCCGGCGAGGCGGGGUUCCGGGAGCCGGAGGGGCUCGGCCCGCUCGGGGGCGACCCGGCGGAGGCGCGCGACAAGCUGGCCUCCUUCGCCAAGACGCUGACGCAGUCCGACGCCAACAACGGCGGCGGCUUCUCGGUGCCGCGCUACUGCGCCGAGACCAUCUUCCCCAAGCUUGACUACAGGGCUGACCCGCCGGUGCAGACGGUGCUCGCCAAGGACGUGCACGGGGAGGUGUGGAAGUUCCGCCACAUCUACAGGGGCACGCCGCGCCGGCAUUUGCUCACCACGGGCUGGAGCACCUUCGUGAACCAGAAGAAGCUCGUCGCGGGGGACUCCAUCGUGUUCCUGCGCACCGAGCACGGGGAGCUCUGCGUCGGAAUACGCCGGGCCAAGCGGGUCACCUGCGGGGGCAUGGAGUGCAUAUCCGGCUGGAACGCGCCAGGGUAUGGGGGGUUCUCGGCCUUCCUCAAGGACGAGGAGAACAAGAUGAUGAAUGGUGGCCCCGCCGGUUACGUCAAGGGCAGGGGGAAGGUGAAGAUCGACCAUGUGGUCGAGGCGGCCACCCUUGCGGCCAACAGCCAGCCAUUUGAGGUGGUGUACUACCCGAGAGCUAGCACGCCGGAGUUUGUUGUCAAGGCCGCGGCGAUGCAGGCUGCCAUGAGGAUCCACUGGUGCCCUGGCAUGAGGUUCAAGAUGGCCUUUGAGACCGAGGAUUCCUCAAGAAUCAGCUGGUUUAUGGGGACCAUAUCUUCGGUUCAGGUUGCCGAUCCACUCAGAUGGCCGAAUUCACCAUGGAGACUUCUUCAGGUCACAUGGGAUGAGCCAGACUUGUUACAGAAUGUGAAAUGCGUGAGCCCAUGGCUUGUGGAACUUGUAUCAAGCAUUCCACCAAUCCAUUUGGGACCAUUUUCUCCACCACGAAAGAAGUUACGGGUUCCCCAACAUCCUGAUUUUCCAUUGGAUGGUCAUCUGUUUAAUCCAAUUUUCCAUGGGAACCCACUUGGUCCUAGCAACAGCCCCCUAUGCUGUUACUCGGACAACAACUCUCCUGCAGGCAUACAGGGAGCCAGGCAUGCUCAAUUUGGUUUACCAUUAACAGACCAUCAGCUUAAUAAGCUGCACCUUGGUCUGUUCCACGGCGGCGGUUUUAACCGGCUUGACGCUCUAACCCCGUCUUCCCGGAUACCUAAGGGCUUUGUGCUCAGCAGCGCACCAGCCCACGACAGCGUCUCUUGCUUGUUGACAAUCGGUACACCACAGAGCACAGAAAAAUCUGUUGACAGAAAGACCCCACAUAUAAUGUUGUUUGGAAAGGCUAUUCUUACGGAGCAGCAGAUGACUUCAAGUGGAUCAAGGGAAACACUCUCCUCUGGGGCUACUGGAAAUAGUUCACCUAUCAGUACUGGGCUGAAGGCAGGAAAUACGUCUGAUGGUUCUGGUUCAUCAAUCUGCAUUGGAUUCUCAUCGCAAGGUCAUGAGGCUUCCGACCUCGGACUGGAAGCCGGGCACUGCAAGGUAUUUAUGGAAUCGGAGGAUGUUGGUCGCACCAUCGACUUGUCUGUCUUUGGUUCAUAUGACGAGUUGUAUGGCCGUCUGGCUGACAUGUUUGGGAUCGAGAAGGAAGAAAUCAUAAGCCAUCUUCGUUACCGUGACACAGCUGGUGCCGUCAUGCACACUGGAGGAUUACCAUUCAGUGACUUCAUGAAAGUGGCACGGAGGCUGACGAUAAUAAGCGGCGAAAAGGGAGGGCUGGCGAAACCUCUCAUCGAAUGCAUGGUUCAGCGGGUGUGA